UUCACAGCAUUCCAACACUGCUGCCUUCAUGAGUUAUUCACUCAUUCUCCUUGAUCAUCGAUUUUUCCCAAUUGCCUCCAUGAUCCUUGACGGCCUCUGUGUAGAGGCAGCUUCGGUCGCUAAAGAUCCGGUAAGCUCCAACUCCGUCAAUAGAUAAGAGCUGCGAAGAUGGCCCGAGAGAAUCAAGUUGUCAUCGCUCCUGAUCAGAAUUCCUACCUUUGCAAUUCCUGUGGCAAUCGUUCCUUCAAAUCGGAACAUUCAUUACUUCAACAUUGUCGGUACGCAGCAUGCCACCAAGACGAGUGGUGUGAGAGAUGCCGAUGGCUAUUUGUCUCUUCACACGCCCGACAGAAUCAUGUCGAAGCAUCGUCGCACCAUUGGGACUGUCACCUGUGCAAUUAUUUCGACGGCUUGGAUCGAGAGAGCCUUGUCGAACACCUGGCAGAUGAGCACGGCUUCUGCUGGGACUGCGAAGCGUCCUUUCGGUCUUACGAGCAGCAUCGUAGAAAAGAUCACAAUCGAUGCGCCGACUGCAGCCAGGAGUUUGCAACUCGAAACGCGCUUUUGAUGCACGCGCAAGUCCAUAUGGAACGCAAUGAAGAAUGUUAUGGCUGCGACAAGAUGUUCAAGAGUCCAUCCGGUAUCCUCAUCCACCUCGAAUCAAGGACUUGUCGCUCAAGAGUCACUCCAGCACACAUUGAGCAAUGGGCGUUCGACUCCUGGAACAGCGGCAGCUAUACCAACCACCGGUCGAGUCACAACAAGUAUCGAUGCCCCGAGUGCGACAUGAAUUUCCCCAAGGUCAGCGCAUUGUUGCAACAUGUGGAGAGUCCAGCCUGUAAUGAAGAUUAUGGUGCCUAUUCUGAUGUGGAAGCAUUGCGAGCUCGCAUCGAAAGACACGUCGGAGAUAUGCUGGAUGACUGGAGUGAUGAUUAUUCGUGGUAGAGGUAGUAACUCUUGGUCGAGUGAGCAAUCCAGCUGGCGAUGAGUGAUCUCAAGUCAUGUAUGAGGAACGAAUACGUUGAGGAUCAUUGAGCGUUUGGGGUGCUACCCUCGAAAUUGGACAAAAUGGGAAGUGGCGUUUAUCUUUCAUGUACGGAGUACAACCAUGCG